AGCAAUACACUAAAAAAGCUUCCUGAUUAAACAAUAUAAAACAACCAUUCAGCUCUAACAAAAGUUAUUCGUGCUUUUCCGUAAGAUAACCGUGCAACACGUCGUCGGGACCGAUAUGAAUCAGUAUUCUGCUUACAGUUUAAUUUCCAUGCUCAAUGGUAAUGAAGCCAACAAUAACCGGAAUAACACCAUCAAUUCAGCAUAUUCAUAUUCUACUGGCCAACCUCCUGGCUUAAAUUUUAACAGGAACAGACCUCAGUUUGAAAAUCAACAUGGCUUUGGUCAACAAAAAUUUGAUAAUAAAGAUCGAAAUUAUAAUGGACAUGGUUGGGGUGUGAAGACUGAUCCAGAACAGAAUGUGGAAGAAAUCAAUGUAGACCAUUCUUUCACAGUACUGGACCAUUAUAACUCAGAUCUCAACUUGCUUAUAGAUCUGGAUGGCUAUGGUGGAUCUGUAUUAACUGAUCCUGAAGGUUUCUGUUUCUGUUGGGCCGGAGCUCGUGCAACUUAUGGUGUCACUCGUGGAAAGGUUUUCUUUGAAGUUCACAUAACUGAAAACCUUCCUGUAAAUUUUGGUGACAACCAUAAAGAAACUGAUCCCCAUGUAGUAAGAAUUGGUUGGUCCAUUGAUAGCUGUUGUUUCCAGCUAGGAGAAUCUAUGGAAUCCUAUGGUUAUGGAGGUACUGGCAAAUUUUCUGUGAAUUUGAAUUUCUCCAACUAUGGUGAACGUUUUGGUGUGGGUGAUGUUGUUGGAUCAUUGCUAGAUUUGCAAUCUCACCCGCCGACAAUUUCUUUCACCAAAAACGGCCGUUGGUUCGGGAAUGCUAAAGUCUUGCACGGUUAUCCUGUGGGUGUAAAAUCUAAAGCUUUAUUUCCUCAUAUUCUUACCAAAAAUUGCCGAUUCAAGGUUAAUUUUGGUCAGACUGAUCCAUGGUUUUCUCCGCCACCUGGUUUUGUCUACAUUGACCAUGUUCCUUUAGCAGACCGUGUACGGGGACUUACUGGACCUUGUAAAAAAGCUGAUUGUGAGAUGAAUAUGAUUGUUGGUCUGCCUGGUGCUGGUAAGACCACAUUAGGCAUUCUGAAACAGAAGAACUUCCCAGAUAAAAGAUAUAAUAUUAUUGGAACAGACACACUCAUUGAUAAAAUGCGUGUGAUGGGUCUUGCAAGAAAAAAUAACUACCACGGUCGUUGGGAAGUUUUGAUUCAGAAAUCAUCAAAAUGUUUGAACAGGUUGUUUGAAAUAGCCUCUCGAAAGAGAAGAAAUUACAUUCUUGACCAAACUAAUGUAUAUCCUUCUGCACGUAAAAGGAAAUUGAGAUUUUUUGAGGGGUUCUUCAGACGUGCUUGGGUUAUUGUACCUGAAGAUGAUGAAUUUGAACGUAGGUCACUAAAGCGCACUGUUGAAGAUGGUAAACAUGUUCCAGUUGAAGCUGUCUUGGAAAUGAAAGCCAAUUUCACUUUACCUGACGAGGACGAUCCAUUGGAUUUAAUUGAGUUUGUGGAGUUACCUAGGUUAUCAGCUUCAACACUUGUGGAUGGCUACAGAAAGGAAGGUAUUGAAAAACGACCUCCCAAACAACUGGUUUUUCGACAUGAUACAGCCCAAAAGCAUCAAAAUACUUCCACAUCUUCAUAUUCAAGUUCAAACUUAGCUUAUUCAUUUCCAGGUCAGAGGAAAGUAUCUGAUUCCAGUGCUGCAGUAUUUACAGCAGCUGUUACUGCUGCUUCAAUCCAACCAGUGGCAGCUGAUAACCCUGAAGGGGUCAAAGUCGAAAGUGGGGUAAACAAAAGUCAAACAGACAACGUUGGUUUAGCAACAGGAACACUCUGUGGGAAAGAUUUAAGCCAAGUUGUGAAACAAGAACCAAUUGAGAAAGAUGUCAAUAAUAGGAACAAUAGUGGUAGUGAGAAAACUGAAGUCAGAGACAAGCCUAACAACAGUGAUGGAAGCCUACAACAGAUUUCUGAACAAAAUCCUAAUAGUAGUUCCUCUCAAACUCAGAAUUAUGGCUCUCAGGGCCACGAUAGUCAAAAUAAAGUUACUUCAAAUUAUGGGGCUAAGUCAGAUGAUAAGUCACGGGAUGUGAAUACUUCAAGGGAUAAGCCUCGAGGCAGAGACAGGUCUUGGGAUGAUCACAGUAGAAGGAGCAAAUCUAGGGACAAAUACCGAAGUAGAGAUAGAUCUCGAGAUAGACGUGGCAGAGAUAGGUCAAGAGAAAGAGAUAAGAGACAUGAUAGGUACAGGUCUCGUGACAGGUAUCGUAGCAGGGAUAGUUCUCGAGACAGAUACUACAGUAGGGACAGAUCUCGAGAUAGAUAUCGAGACUCAUAUAGAAGUAGAUAUCGAGAAAGGCAUCGAUCUAGAGAACGGUCUUACGAUAGCGACAAGUAUCAGAAAAGAGAUUGGUCUCAGAACAAAUAUGAUCAUGACGAUUGUCAUUCAUUUAAUGCUGAAAAGCAAGACAAUCAAUCUUAUGAUGAACCAUACACAUACAAACAAAGCACUGAAGGCAAGGAGGCUGCUUUUGCUGUUGAAAACCAAACUCCUGGCGUAACAUACCAAUCUGGCUCAAAUUUGCCACCAAGUACUGCUUCUGUAAACAAGGAGCAACCAUAUGGUUUUAAUUCUAGUAACGUUGUUGAACCUUUCAAAGAAACAAACAAAUCCAGUGGAAAUGACUUCAGGGAGCUUUUUGGAACUCGUGAUGUUGAUUAUAGAGUCCCUUCUUCGUCUUUGACUUUGAGUAAUCAAGGUCCUUCCUCUCUAAACAACCAAACUAAUGUCUCCACAGAUCUUUCUAAAUCUGCUGCCAAACAACCAUCACAUUUUGCAAAUAACAGUUCUAUUAGUAAUCCUCAACAAUGGCAGACACUGUCUGGUAAUUCUUCAAAUCCAUUAAGCUAUGAUUCUGCUUAUCGGCCGACUCAACAAUUAGAUUCUAGUGUGUAUGGCAGCCAGUUUACGUCUACAACUCCUAAAAACUAUGUUGAGCCACAUAAGAACAGAGAAUAUUGUGAACCACAAAAUACCGACAUCAGAACUUCUGUACAGGGUUCUAAUUAUAAUACUGUCUUUUAUAACAGAGAAUCCUCAAAUGAGUCUGUGGGAGGUAACGCUUUCCAAACGCGAAAAAUGGAUUAUUCUUCUAAUGUGAAUUCUCUUUCUAAAGACAACAAGGCAUCUGGCUUCUCAUAUGAAUACCCUACUGCUGUCAGCUGCCAGUCUCAGACCCCACAACAGAUUAAUCAAACUCUUCCGCAAUCGUCACAAUCAUCAAUUGUCAGUAAUAAGUCUGCUUACAAUGAUGCUACCCCUGAUAAUAUUGCGUUUCCAGCUGUAAAGGACUGUGAUCUUCGGUUUAAUCAGGAUAGGAAUUAUAUGUCCUAUCCCCCUCCAUCAAUAUCUGCCACUGAAACCUUGACCAGGAAAGAAGUGUUGCCGGAUAAAGCUGCUGCUGUUCCAAACAGUUCUUCCACACCCAAUUUACCACCAAAUAAUAGGGAAACCAUACAAGACAAAAUGUUUGAUAAAACAGGAACCAAUGCCAGCCAGUAUGGAGGGCAGGCAAGUUCAAAUAACUGGCAAGCAACUUACAAUACAAAACCUGAGUGGAAUAAUAGAGGCAGUUCUAGUUCCCUACCAACAUAUUCCUCUGAUACGGUUGCUGGAAAUGUGUCUGGGAAAGAAGGCCAGACAUCCUUUCUUUAUAAUUCAAAUAAGGAUUGUCCACCACCAAAUUUUAAUAUAAACCAGUAUCCAAAUUUCUACACUCAAAUGCCACCUUCUAACAUGUGGCAGUUACCUCCACCUACACAGGCCCCAUUACAAGGCCUACCUGGAUUUAUGCUGGGUACAGAAAAUCAUUUAAAUGCUUCUCAAAGCUUUCAAGGAAGUCAUUUGCCUCCACCAAAUCCUCCUAGAUUCUGAAAUUGUCAUUUCAGUUCCUCCAUUAUUUUUUUUUUAAUUUAAUUUUCCCAUUUAUAUUUUUAUUUUGAACUUUCACAUAGAGCCAUCUACAAAAGGUAAGAUUUCUUUUGUAACCCCAUUGUAUUUUAAAAAAACAGAAAUAGAAUUCUAACAGUUGCCACAAAAAGAAUAUGGUGAGAUAUUUCAGUUUCUUUAGAUAAGUUUGGUAUUAGUUAUCAAUAGUCAAUUUUGAUAUUUCUCCUGUAUCUAAGGUUAGAUCAUUUAUUUUUCUUUCUUUUUGUUGUUGUUUUAUAAGGCUGUAUUAUAGCACAAGAGAUUUGUUUCUAUAAGUAAAGUCACUAAAUAAACAAGUGACUGCAUCACAGCUAAUGUUCAGUUCAAUCACAGAGAUUAUAUAAGAAUAGUUCUCACACCCGGGCUAAAGAUUUUACUACCUUGAGAAAAUAUUACUCAUUAAAAAGCAAAACAAACCCAAUGCUGUAAAAAAUCUUUCCAUCCUUAAAUGCAGAAAGCUCUAGAAAAAUCUUACAUAGCUUUCUAUAUAAGUGUAAAUGUUAAGUUGUUCUACUUUGUUGUCUUCAUAUAUAGCUGUCAUAGGCUCCCCAUUUACCAGUAUUAAUAGUAGUCUGUCUCAGUUGGUGUUUUCAUUCCAAAAGAACUAAAAUUUCUUCUUUUUUCUCUUUCAUUGAAAUAUUUUGAAAUGAUUUUCAAUAAAAUAAUCAUGCAAAAUUUUACAGCAAGCCACUUGGCAGUAAACUACUUGAGAAGUAAAAAUAAAUAGUUAAACAAUCAGAAGCUAGAACUUAGUUAAUGAUUAGCAUUGAUAAGAAAUACCUCUUAAUUUAAAGAAGGCAACUAUUACUUUACUUCAUUCACAUCCUCUGCUCCCUCACCUUUACUACCACCACUACUACUACUACAACAUACUUCACCCUUCAUUUUAUUGAUAUAAAGUUCAUCAAUCAUGUAUGAAGUUUAUGAACAGAAGAAUUAAAGCACACAAUGUCUAAAUGUUGUGAAAAAUUAAAAAAAAAAUUGAACAAUAUAUAGUCUAUAGAGAGAUACCUUGUACAGCUAUAAGGUCAAUGCCUAUUAGAAUUUAGGUAAUUUCCAUGUAUGGAUUUCAAAUUAAAUUGUCCUCCCUUGUUAUUGAAUUGUUAGUCAUUGGAUGACAUCAGCUUGACAGAACUGGUUUUUGAACUAUUUUAACUUUCCAAUGCAUUUUGGUGUCGAUAAUACAUGUAUAUAUAUAUAUAUAUAUUGGUUGCAACACACACUAUUCUUUUGUUAGCACAAGGAGAGUUUCCAAUACUUUAAACACUUGCACCUUGCUUCAACUGAACCCUAUUGCAUAUGCAUUUCUUUGUAAAGUUCCUUUAUUUCAAGUUUGACUUUUUUCUUCUACUAAGAAAACAAAAUAUUUAGUGCAUUCGUUUUUGAAACUGAAGUCACUUAUUGAUAUACAUAGCCAAACUUUAAUGGUUAUCAUUGAUACAAAUAGCAUUGUAAAUAGUCCAUUGCAUUUAUGUUGUCAGUCAAGGUGUUUUUAAUAAAUUAUCAGUACAGUGAACGACAAGUUAGUGUACAAAUCACUGUGGGUCAUUUAAACUUAAAAACUAGCUAUAUUUCUAGGAAAGUGGAGCGCUAAUCAUUUGGAGCUAUCUAAUAUUUAUUUAAGAUAAAGGAUGUUUAGAAAGAAUUUAAAAUUAUCACUAAGGUUUGAUAGUAAUUUUUGUACUUAGGAAUUUAGUUACAUUCAAAAGAUUUCUCAUAUGCAUUUUGAAGCUGUAAUUAAAGAAAUUCUGUAAUGAAGCAUUUAGAAAACCUCAUACUUACAGCUCAUUGUAACAACUCAGAUUACAGUUUAAGAAUUUAGUCAGUCUCAUUGUAACAACUCACAGUUAUGUUAUGAUUUAAGAAUUUAGUAACAAAAAAAAAUUGUGUAUAGUUUAGAAUAAACUGAAUGAUUGAGAUUCACACCAAAAGACAAAAGUAUUGGUUAUAGUAAGGUUGUAGAUGUUUCAUGCGGUUCCAGUUUGAAUUGUUGGUAGAAUUUUUACUUAACUCAAAUUUCACAGAAAUCUUUAAUUAUCUUUGCAUUAUUAGGUUCAAUGAAGGUUGAUAUUGACCAAUAAUUUGUUAGUGAGCAUUUUAGAAACUCCCUCUCUACUCUAUAACUGGACAGAAAUUUGAUCAGUCAGAUAAAAAUGACAAAUUGAGUACACCAUGUGGACAGCUAAUAUGCAGCCAUCAUCAUUGUGGACAAAUUUCAACAACACCAACGAAGUUUGUCUUCAUUCAAGUUUUCAAACAAUAUUAAAAUUAUUUUCUUUUCAACAUGCUUCAAAUCAAAAAGUAUCCCACUAAGGUGCACCUCACAUAACUUUUGCUUGUACCUUCCUUACUUUUAAAACCUACAAAUUUCAGGGUUAUGGCCUAUGACCUAUAUUGUUUUGAGCCAUAAGCUUGUUCAUUCACAUCCUGCCAUGAAGACUUUAAAAAAAAAAAUUUUUUUUUUAAAGAAAUUAACUAAAUGUCAAUAAAGUGACACUUCUGUGGAGAAAACCACCUAAAACUACUGCAUGAGGUAUGUUGAACUAAAUUUUUAAUCCUUUGAAUGCUGGAAGUUUGCAGAUUGAGUCUGCAACACACUUCUCAAUUCUUAGCCUCACGUUGUUCCGUUACAGGAUUUACAUUAUCGUAACUUGUUAGUGUAGUCAGUAGAAUGCUGACAAGAUGCUUUACGAUGUUUGGUACUUUGUGCUUUCAAAAUCAAACCCCACUGGUACAUCCAUCCAAGAUCAGUUAGCAGCUUCUUUCUACCAAAGAAAAAAAAAAAAAGGUGACCUUGUACUUAGUUAAAAGAGGAAUAUAUCAAACUUUUACUAAUACCUAAUAUGAUUAAUAUUAUUUUACUGCGCUUCAACAAUCUGAAAAUUUGAGCUUAUCCAUUCAGGCAAUCAUUUAUCAUCUUAGUUUAUUUUUUUAUUUGAUUUGAAAGUGAAUUUUUAGGACAUGGGUCAGUUUCUUAUCAAAGUUUAAAGAUUAUUUUACUUAUUCAAGCAGCAGUUGAUAUAUGAAAAUUGAAUCAGUCUUACAUGACAGUGGAAACGAAGUAGCUGGAUACCUGAAUUAUGAGCUAAAUAAUUAAAGCAAUUUAUUCUGACCAUCUGAUGGACCAGUUUAAGUGCAUCAUCCCCAGUUUGUUAUGAUUUAAUUGGAAUGCAGUGUUAAUAAUGUAGCCUAUGAUUGCUGUUUCAAAGAAGGAUUUCUUUCAUGGACCAAGAUUCUGUUUUUGGAAGUUAGGUGUACUUGGAAAAAUAAAGUUGAUUCCGACAGUAUUUGAGCUGAGAACAAUGAAGCAGUGAAAAAGA